AUGCUCAAAAAGCUUGGUGCCUUUGGUUACCUGUCCUCCCAGGAGGUCAAGGACAAUGGUGUUGUCAAUGCCGGUCAUCUUGACCAGGCUCUUGCUUUGGCCUGGGUCAAGCUCCACAUCUGCAAAUUUGGUGGUGAUCCUUCCAAGGUCACUAUCGCUGGGCAGUCCGCCGGUGCUGGCUCCGUUAUGCACCACGCAUUGGCUGUCAACGGUGACCUCGGCUCUCUUUUGUUCGACAAGGGACUUGCUCAGUCUCCCUACCUGCCUUACCAGCCCAACUUCAACGAUGCUAUCCCUACCAGCAGAUAUUAUGCCUUCUCCGCCGCUGCCGGCUGCCCUUCCUCCGGCAGCGUCUUUUCUUGCCUGCUUAGCAAGAGCGCUGCCGACCUCGAGCUUGCUUCGCUUUCAGUCACUGCGUCGUCAACCCAGGGAAGUUGGGGCUUCUGGCCUGUGACUGAUGGCGUGUACAUCAAGAACCGUCCCACUGCACAGCUCACCGCCAAGAGGGUCAACGGCAACAAGCUCCUCGUGGGUUACAACGCUCAUGAGGGACCCCUCUUUGUGCCUGGGCCCGAUGCGAUCGAGACUCAGGCCGACCUCCUCGCCUGGAUGGCUCUCUGGUUCCCCAACCUCUCUUCGGCCCAGCUGAACAGCAUCCUGGCCAUCAAUCCCAACUCGGCGCUGAGCUCUGCUUCCGGUCCCAGGUUUGAGACUGAUGGUCUCAACACCGGCGGCUUCAACGCCAUCAACACCAGCCCCGACGGCGUCGGCCAGAAGCAGAGAGGCAACAAUAUCUACGCCGAGGCCACCUUUGCAUGCCCUGCGUACUGGCUCGCCGAUGCUUACUCGGGCAACCCGGGCAAGUCUUCCUGGCUGUAUCAGUUCUCUGUUCCUUUUGCCUACCACGGAGCCGAUAUCAACGCAGCCUUUGGACCCAGCACCCCCAGCCUCCCCAGCGACAUUACCCUCGCGUUCCGCAAGGCCUGGGGCAACUUUAUCGUCGGUGGAAACCCAUCCAUCGCCAACACGAUUGCGAACGGAGCCUCCUCUGCGUCUCCUAGCGCAUACCACCCCGCAUCCAACUGGCCUGUCUGGAACCAGAACGCGCCCCAGUUUGUCAACUUCAACACAACCGGCGGGACUCUCGCCACUGUUGAGCUUCCGUUGGUGGGGCCCUAUCCCCAGUAUGAGGGUCCGGGCAUCAAGAAUGCCAUUUCAGUUCAGAAUGCCAACACUUGGGAGGCUUACCGUGGGGACAGAUGCGCCUUCUACAAGAAUCUUGGCCCAUACAUGCCGAACUGA